AUGUUUCAUUCUCUCAAACAACUAACCUAUAAAGCAUUCACUUCUAGAAAUUUUGUUACCGCCGAAACAGGAGGGGAAACUUCUAGUGAAGAAUUGCUUUCUAAAAAGUAUCCUGCAAAAGCUCAUAAUUGUACUGUAAAACUCAACUUAAAAUCUAGGAAGACUAACCUAGAGCUAGAAAAAACUGCAGUAUAUAUUGCAGGAGAAGCAUUAGAACCGAUCAAGUAUUCAGAUCAAACGAAAGCGUUUAGGCAAAACAGAUACUUUUUCUACCUUUCUGGGUGUGAAAUACCAUCAUGUUCGCUUCUUUUUGACUUUAAAACUGAUAAAUUGACUCUAUACUUGCCUAAUGUUGAUGAAGAAUCCAUUUUGUGGUCUGGAAAGCCUAUUUCUUUAAAAGAAGCCGCUGAAAGGUACGAUGUUGACGAGGUUCUCUACGAGUCCAGUAUUGCUAAAGAUUUAAAGGCAUUGAAGAAUUAUGCGAUAUACACCACCGACACGGAUAAUGUUAAAGACCGGUCUAUUAAAAAGCUCUUGAUUGAGAAGGAUCCUGAUUUCUUUUUCGCGUUAGAUGAAGCCAGGAUGAUAAAAGAUGAUUAUGAGAUUGCACUUCUUAGAAAAGCUUGUAAAAUAACUGAUAAUUGCCACUUAGCUGUAAUGUCCUCACUUCCAAUUGAGAAAAAUGAAAUGCAUCUCCAUGCCGAGUUUACCUAUAACGCUAUCCGUCAAGGUUCCAAGACACAAGGUUAUGACCCAAUUUGCUGUUCGGGUACCAACUGCAGCACCUUACAUUAUACCAAAAAUGAUGAACCUUUUGCAGAUAGGCGUUCAGUUUUAAUCGAUGCCGGUGCAGAGUGGAAAAACUAUACCGCGGACGUGACGAGAUGCUUCCCUAUAAAUGGACAAUGGGAAAAGGAACAUCUUGAAAUCUAUGAAACUGUUUUAGAUAUGCAACUUCAGGUGAUGAAAGCAAUAGCUCCAGGAGUCCUCUGGGAUACUCUUCAUAUAUUGGCACACAAAGUGCUAAUUGAACGCUUCUUAAAAUUAGGUAUCUUUAAAUCAAGCUACUCAGUUGAGGAGAUAUUAAAACGAAAGGCAUCCGUAGCAUUUUUCCCACAUGGGUUAGGCCACCUAUUAGGGUUAGACACACAUGAUGUUGGUGGCCAACCUAACUAUGACGAUCCAGAUCCUUUAUUAAAAUAUUUGAGGCUGCGUAGGGCAUUACAGAAGGGCAUGGUUGUCACCAAUGAACCCGGUUGUUACUUCAAUAAGUUUUUAAUUGAAAGGUUCUUGGAACAACACCCAGAGCGCCUUGAGGUUGUCGAUGUAAAGACUAUGGAAAAGUAUAUGCAUAUUGGAGGGGUCAGGAUUGAGGAUGAUGUUCUAGUUACGUCUACAGGACAUGAAAAUUUGACCAAAGUUACAAAGGACCCUGAUGAGAUAGCACGUAUUGUGCAAAAAGGACUUUCAAAUGGUCAUAGAUUUGUCUACAACCGUAGCUAA